UCAGUCGUGAUCUAGGCACCGAUGUAUGACUCGUCAAGUUCGUCAAACUUGUUGCUUUCAACCCACAACUGAAACUGUCCCAGACAAAGUCGAGCAUUAUUUCGUCCGUUUCCAGAACUCUCGUCACGUCGCAGUCAUCUUUGAUAGCCCGAUCUGUCACGACCCUCGACCGGAGGUGUCUCAGUUCUACAAGCGAGGUGUUUCAAUAAGGGAAAGAUGGCGUAUGCUGGUCAAUCAACGAGGUCAAAGCUCGCGGUUUUGAGCGAGCGGAUACACGGCUUCGAAAAGCAGAUGGAAUGCGAAGCAAAACAACGCAGAGAAGGGGAGGAAGGUCGUUUAUUGGCAAUCAGGGAGGCGAUAACGAAACUCGAGAAAACACUGAAUGCGGAAAUCAAGAGACGAGUCGAGGCAAACAAAGCUCUCCAAGCUAUGUUCGAGAGUCAACUCCUUGGAGUGCAAGACAAGUUGUCAUCCGUUUUUGUCGAGAAGUUUGAACAACUGCAGUGCGCCCUCGAUGCACUUAACGACAGACUUGCCGUGGUUGAAAGAGAGUUUACCGUCGAACGCGAGAAGCAGACCAAGGAGUGGGAGGAAAAAACCGAAUUGCUAGGGAGGGACAUGGCGGCGAUACAGAAUGCUCGGGAACAGAAGUAUGACCAAGUCAGGGAAGAACUGGAGGAAGCUAAGCGCGUGCGCGAGCGAGGAGAAGAGAAGUUCCAAACCUUCGUCCUCGAGGAAGUUGCGGCGCUUAAAAAUGGCCUCAUUCUCGAGUCUCAGGUGGGCUACCGGUGUAGCAGGAACUCUUCUCCAAUUGCGACGUUCUGA